GCCUGUUUGGGAUACGCUUCACAAAGAAGAGCCUGACGAGCUUGCAAACUUGCUUAUCAGGCCGAACUUGUGCCUCCACGGUGGGCACCUCGUUGCCGAGGAGCCGCAGAUCUUGAAAGACACCACCUGGCACGGAGUGCGGGAGCUUUCUGGCUUGCUGGCCAUCAGUCAAGCAGCCCACUCGCAGCUCAAGGACUUCCUCGCCCCAGGCACAACCUGGGCGAAGAAUGCUUUUGGAGAGGUCGGGUCACGGCACCCAUGUCGGGCAUGGCAGUCUGGCCCAGAGUCGCUCAUUCCUAAUGCCCUUCAUUUUGACCCAGGCAUCAAGAAGCGUGAAGAACUUGUCGAGGAGGUUCUGCUGUCACAAAGAGCUUACGAGCUCCAGGACACAGCUGCACACGACCUAGUGGCUUCACGUUUGCACCUCCAUUUCGAUACGCUGGCAGAUCUUUGCCACGGUCUGGCUUGCGCAGAGCGUUCGCUGGACAUAGUUUGGCUUCGAAACAGGUUUCGUGAGCCAGAUUGCUUCGGGUACCCAUGUGUGCAGCUGGGAGUUCGACAACGUGUCCAAGAUCCGCGUCAUAUGUCCAGGGAGUGUAUGUGGGAUCACAUCAGCAAGAUCAGCUUCCAUCACAAUUCUCUUUUCGAGGCCAAGGCAGGAGAGGAGGCCUUGGAACUACGCGAGGAGCUUCAUGCAGCGCUAGCUGCCUGCGGGAUUCGCAGCCAUCUGAGCACGGCCAAGGCAGCCGUUGCACAUGUUCUCGAUUGCACCGAACGGCGCAUGCGAGGGAGCUGCGACGCGGAGCUUGAGCGGGUGAUGGCCUUUUUGGAGCGGUACUCAAAGCAGUUGGGCGAAGAGGAGAAGGGACCUGCAAAGGCACUAUUAGAUGAGGUUUUGGCCUCCAGCAUGGAGACCGUUGAAAGCCUGGUUCCCCCUCGCUCCACCGGGGACAGCGACCAUGAGGAUUGGGAGAAGGUGAGUGAUGAUGUGGCGGUUGCUCGUGCCACCCUGGUACACAACUUGUCGGCCCAUGAGGAUGAAGAGGCUAAUGCUGCUUUGGCCUCCUUUACUGCUCUUGAUGUUGAUGACACAUCCCUGGACGAGCGGCUUCGGGAGAUGAAUGCAGCCAUGGCUCGCCUCUUGACCAAGGGGGACGAGAAGGUGGUGAUCCAGGACACCACAGCAGCGGCCAUGGACACAGACCCGGUGGACACUACGGCUGCCCCAGGUGACUUCGUCCCUGAGGGGAUGUCGGUGAUCAUGCCAUGGGUGUUGGAUAUCCCUCUUCCUCUCGUCCGUUCUCUGCCCUUCCCUCUGGCACCUUGGAGGAAACGGUGUUCCACAUCGAGGGCUUCCCUGAGAAUUUCCCGGGCAUUGGCAAGAAGAGUGCUGAUUUGGCCAAGCAGCUCACCAAGGAAGAGAUUGCGGCCUUGUCUUCCAAGCUGCAGACGGGAGUUUUGGACAAGAUCGGCGGUAGAGCGGGUGUUGGAGGUAUACCAAAUCUACAAGCGCCAGAUUGCCCAAGAGAAGAUGUUGGCCGCACCCUUCAGCAAAGCCAGAGCUGGUGUAGGCCAUGGCAGCCUUGGGCAGCUCGACCCGGGCAGUACCACCACCAUGCUCAUGUGCCCUAGCUGCUUUUCCGACUGGCAGCGGCCCGACAAUAAGGUGCAGGGCAAGUGCAAGCUGUGCCAGAAGAAUGUCAUCGCGGUGGACAAGGGCCCCCCGUCGGCUGAGAUUAAGUUGGGUUUGGCCUCGUAG